AUGUCGUCGAAUAGCUACAGUUACAGCUCUUCAACAAUGUCUUUCUCAUCUUCUACUACUCGCAACGGGGAAACCACUGGGUCCCGUUAUGCCGAACAUACUGCAAGUGACCCAUCGGGCACCACCACUCACACUGCGUCCCAACGUACCGGCGAGCCCCUCCGUCAUGAGCGCCGCGACUACGAUGCGUCGGGUCGUCUGGUUUCUUCCUCAGACCGAGCCCUAAACGGGAACGGUAUAGAUUCAAACCGACGCAUUGAAGAUGUGUCUGACGAACAACGGGAAAAUGAUAGACUUUAUAAAGAGCGCAUCGAGGAUGAGUAUGCAAAGAGAGAAGGGGGUGCAUGA